GAUAGUAUAUUGUAACGGUCGACUGUCUGGUCACACUGUUUUCACGUUCUUGCGUUUGUUUGGCUUUUUUCUGCGAUCUUUGUGGUCACUACCAGAAUUAACACUUAUAAAAGAUGGGUCGCAACAAGGCGAACAACAAAAAGGUGGCUCCCGGAGCUGGCAAGCCAAAGACGCCUCUGAACAAGUCGAAGAAGGCCAAGAAUGUGUUCAAAGUGGCCGAUGGCAACAAGGGCAAGGGCAAGAAGCCCAAGGAAGUGCAGGGCAAGCUCAAGCAGAUCAAGGAAUCUGUCAAGGCCAAGCAGGAGAAGGUGGACGCCAGCCUGAAGACGCUGCACAAGGAUCUGGUGGUCAAGAAGCCGAAGGCUCCGGUGGCACCCAUCAAGAACAACAAAAAGAAGGGGGCCAAUGCCCAGAAAGUGUCCGACACGCUGGGCAAACUCAAGUUCUAGAGCAAACACCACUGGAUGCCACAGUGUGUCCGGUUUACGUUUUACGUAUAUAGUAGAUGUUAGUUAGUCCCCAUUGAUUGUUAAAGACUUUGGUCACGAUCCGAAAUAUAUAAUAGCCAAAUCGACAGUGAUGGAAAGUAUUCAUCUAGGUAGGGAUUGAUGAGUUUAAAAACCCAUUUAAAACCAUUUCCCUUUCUAUUAAAUACUUAAUAAAUGUCAUUCCCAAAGAGUAAGCUUUAUAAACUAUUUUUUUAAAAUCCUUUGAAUGUAUCUUUAUGAAGGAAAAUUAGUAGAAAAUUUUCUAAGCAAGCAAAAUGAUAUAUUUUAAACACUUAAUAUAUGGCAUACCCAAAGAACAGCCUUUAUAAAUUGCAUUUUGAUGCUUAAUUUUAUUUAAAGAACAUUAGCAUUAUUUGGGUGUUAUACAUAUGUCUAUGUCUAUAUUAUAACCUAGUAUGAAAUAUAUUCAUCUAGUUGGUAAAUUGUUAUGGUAUGCUAAUAAUACCCCUUUAAAACCUUUUUUUAUAUUUCGGCUUUUAAAACUUGAUUAGUGUCAUUCGCAAGUGUAGGUUUUAUAAUUUUUUUUUGAUCGCAAAAUUUAUUCAAAUGUUCUUUGGGUACUUAUACACGUUUACCCCUUUCAUUGCCUAGUAGGUAUAUAUAUUUGAAACUCUACCUAAGCAUGGAUAACUUUACCAUCACUGCAUAUUGGCAACCUAGACAACCCCCA